GAGAACCUCAACGGCAGAGCUGCCAUGGAAAUUAGGGUACCUGAAGAUAUUGUGGCAGAGAUAUUCUUAAAGCUAGAAGUAAAAUCACUUUUGCGUUUCAAGUCCAUUUCAAAGUCGUGCAAUUCUCUAAUCUCUAGUCCAGACUUCAUCAAAUCACACCUCCACCAAUCCAAGGACUAUCCAACCGUUUAUUCCGGAAAUCAAAGGCAAACCAGAGCCAUUGCCUUGACCGGUGUUUCAUGGGAUUUUUCCAGUAAUAAAAUUGUCUCGACCCCUGACUCUCGCUAUUCUCUUAUCGUAUGGAAUCCUGCCACUAGAGAAUGUCGAGUAUUGCCAGACCCUGAAAAGUUCGUGUCUUAUGGAUUAGGUUAUGACUCCGCUACUGAUGAUUAUAAAGUGAUACGAUGGGGGUCUCGCGAGAUUACUGUUCAUUCAUUGAAAUCUAAUCGUAUACAAAAGAUUAAAGUUAAGGUCGAUUUCAGAUUUUAUCAGGCAGGUACAUUCAUCCAUGGAGCUCUCCACUGGGUAGUUGCAGACUGGGUUAUUGCUGCUUUUAACUUAGCAGAUGACAAAAUAUUACAGCUGGAAAUUCCUAAUCGACAAGCUGAUGAAAUUAUUUGUAACUUAGGGGUUUUCCGAGGAUGUCUUUGUUAUUUUAGUAGAAAUGGACAUGUGCCUUGUCAUUUAAAUGUUUGGGUAAUGAAAGAAUAUGGUGUGACAACAUCUUGGACCAAAUUUGUAACCAUCCCACCAGAGAGAGUACGAGUUUUUCCUUACAAAGCAACUUUUUGUUGUAGGAAUGAUGCAAUUUUUAUAGUUGCUAAUAAAUAUGACGGUACUUCUGCAUUGUUUUGGUAUGAUUUGAAGAAUAAGGAAUCGAAGAAUUUGAAGACUUUUAAACAUCCAGUAGUUGCUAGAGUGGUUUCCUUUGUGGAAAGUUUAGUUUCACCAAAAUUAAAUUAA